AUGGCUCCCGUCAAGGUUGGCAUCAACGGUUUCGGCCGUAUUGGCCGCAUCGUCUUCCGCAACGCCGCCGAGCACCCCGAAAUCGAGGUCGUGGCCGUCAACGACCCCUUCAUCGAUACUGAAUACGCCGCCUACAUGCUCAAGUAUGACUCGUCCCACGGCAUCUUCAAGGGCGACAUCAAGAAGGAGGCCGACGGCCUCGUCGUCAACGGCAAGAAGGUCAAGUUCUUCACUGAGCGCGAUCCCUCUGCCAUCCCCUGGAAGUCCGCUGGCGCCGAGUACAUCGUCGAGUCCACCGGUGUCUUCACCACCACCGACAAGGCCAAGGCCCAUCUGGCCGGAGGCGCCAAGAAGGUCGUCAUCUCUGCUCCCUCUGCCGAUGCCCCCAUGUACGUCAUGGGUGUCAAUGAGAAGACGUACGACGGCAAGGCCGAUGUCAUCUCCAACGCUUCCUGCACCACCAACUGCCUGGCUCCCCUUGCCAAGGUCAUCCACGACAAGUUCACCAUUGUCGAGGGUCUCAUGACUACCGUCCACUCCUACACCGCCACCCAGAAGACCGUCGACGGCCCCUCUGGCAAGGACUGGCGUGGUGGCCGUGGUGCUGCCCAGAACAUCAUUCCCAGCAGCACCGGUGCCGCCAAGGCUGUCGGCAAGGUCAUCCCCGACCUCAACGGCAAGCUCACUGGCAUGUCCAUGCGUGUUCCCACUGCCAACGUCUCCGUCGUCGACUUGACUGCCCGCAUUGAGAAGGGUGCUUCCUACGACGAGAUCAAGGAGGCCAUCAAGGAGGCUGCCAACGGCCCCCUCAAGGGCAUUCUCGCCUACACCGAGGACGAUGUUGUCUCCUCCGACAUGAACGGCAACACCAACUCCUCCAUCUUUGACGCCAAGGCCGGCAUCUCCCUCAACAAGAACUUUGUCAAGCUGGUCUCCUGGUACGACAACGAGUGGGGCUAUUCCCGCCGUGUCCUCGAUCUCCUUGCCUACAUUGCCAAGGUUGACGCUGGCAAGUAA